AUGGCCGCUGAGAAAAAGAUCGAGGCUGAAGAUGUAGUUAAUUCAAAACCUGGUGUAACAAAUGACGAAUUUAAUCAGAAGACAUCAAAAAAACCACACGUUAAAAAUAAGCGUAGAAAAAAAAAGAAAAACGAUUCGAAAGCAACCGGAGUCACGACACAAAAUAAUAACGUGUCAGAUAACACUGAAAACGGGCAGUCUUCAGAAAUUGAUGAUUCGGAAAAUGUGGAAAUUGAGUACGUAUUACAACCUCUGGAUGUAACUAACGAUCCUUACUAUGAAGAAUUCUCAAAGGUUUUUGCCCAUUUUCAGAUAACCCAAGACGAAACUGAGGUAAAAUCAGAAACUAAGGAAGAAAAGAAUGAGACUUUAAAGAUUCAAAAUGAAACUAGAAUGAAAGAUUCCGAAGAAGUCUCUGAAAAUGAGUCUGAAGAAGAUAAACAAGAAAAAGUAUCAAAAAAGAAGCUAAAAAAAAUGAAUAGAUUAAGUGUCGCCCAAUUAAAACAAUUGGUUAAGAGACCGGAAGUUGUUGAAUGGGUUGAUGUAACAGCCGCGGAUCCAAAACUUCUAGUUAGCCUCAAAGCUUAUAGAAAUACGGUACCCGUUCCUCAACAUUGGUCUCAAAAAAGAAAAUACCUUCAAGGAAAAAGAGGAAUUGAGAAACCAGCUUUCGAUCUACCUGAUUUUAUCAAGGAUACUGGUAUUAUGGAAAUGCGUGAAGCAGUUAAAGAAAAAGAAGAUGCUGCAAAAUUGAAACAAAAAACUCGUGAGCGCGUCCAACCAAAAAUGGAAAAAAAGCCAGGUCAACUUUCAGAAGAGCUUAAAGCUGCCUUGAAUAUGCCUCCUCUUGCCCCCCCUCCAUGGCUAAUCGCAAUGCAGAGAUAUGGUCCACCACCUAGUUAUCCUAAUUUAAAAAUUCCCGGAUUAAACUCUCCUAUUCCGGAAGGUGCUCAAUGGGGAUUUCAUCCAGGUGGAUGGGGAAAACCUCCAGUAGAUGAGUACAAUCGUCCACUAUAUGGUGACGUUUUUGGAACAUAUCAACAAGAAAUCCCCUCAGAUAUUGUCCAGCCAAUUGAGCGGUCACUAUGGGGUGAAUUAGAAGCAGAAGAAGGUGAGGAUGAAAGUUCAUCAACGAAAGCAUUACAGGAAGGUCUUGCCACGCCGAGUGGAAUAUCUAGUGUACCUAGUGGUUUAGAAACACCAGAAUAUAUAGAACUAAGAAAAUUCCAAGCUAGUACAGCAACACAACAAUCGCCUGCAUUGCCUAGCGGGUUAGAAACACCAGAUAUUAUUGAAUUAAGGAAAUAUUCAAAACCCGAUGAAGACGAACCAAAACCUUUAUACACAGUGCUUCCACAAAAAGAUACGAAUAUUUCCGGCUUUAUGGGAUCACAGCAUGCUUAUGAUUUAUCUGCUGCAGCAACAACUGGAGGUGUUAAAGGCGCAAAGCGAAAAGUUGUUGGAACUGGUAUCGAUGUAGCACUCGACCCUUCAGAAAUGGCAAAUCUAGAUGAAGAAACAUUAAGGGCUAUAUUUGAAGAAGCACAACAGGCGAAUAAACCUGAAGGUUCACGUGAAGACUUUUCAGAUUUGGUCGCUGAACAUGCUAGUAAACAAGCAAAAAAGAGGCAAAAAUUAGCAGAUGCGAAAGCUGCUGCAAGAGAUGCUGGUUCUGGUGGGA